AUGAAAGUGGUGGCCCUAUUCUUGCUAGCGAUCACACUCAUUAAGUUCACUAAAUCCGACAAAAUAUUGGCUGAGUUCAUCAGAGAUUAUUAUGGAUCGUGUGAUAUCCAUCAAAUCGUCAUAUUCGCUUGUUGGAAUUAUGCAGCAGAUAUUUCGCAGAGUGUAAUGGGACUCGACACAGUGGUUACUUAUCAAUCUACUAUGAAUGAUGUUGAUGUGACAACCAUUUUACGUAUAGCUCAUUUUCAAGUGGGAGUCGUGUUGGACUUUGAUUGUCCUUUCAGUAAGAAUAUUCUUGACAAGUUUUCAAAUCAACUACAUUUCAACGAUUCGUACUAUUGGCUUGUCCUGUCGAGGCUGACACCUAUAUCCGUGAAUUUCCUGCAGCACCUGAGGCUUACAAUAGAGGCUGAGUUAACAUUUGCUGUCCGAGAAGGUGAUACAUUCAAGCUUCACGAUGUUUACAACCCAAGUUAUCGUCACGGUUGUGAUGUCGUAAUUGUUGACAAGGGUAAAUGGAGCCCUGGAGAUGGUCUGAGUAAUAAAUUGACUCAAUAUAAAUACGAACGUCGUCAUCUGCACGGAGUGACUUUGAACUUUACUGUGACGGUCGCAAAUCCGGUCGACGUGGAUAUUGUUACGUAUUUGAGCUCUCAAAAGAAUAGGGGCUUGGAUCCUAUGCAAAAAAGUCAUUAUAAUUUAAUGCUGUUUCUACAAUAUCUGUACAAAUUUAGCAUCACUGUUUAUCUAUCACCACUCUGGGGCAUCUUAGUCAACGGAUCUUACAAUGGAAUUAUGGGAGACAUGGUUAGCAAUGAGGGCGUAGAUAUGAGCAUCUCACCCUUUGAAUUUGACUGGUACCGACUGCACGUAGUAGAGUACGUGGUACCGACUUGGUUCACCGAUUUUACAUUUUCAUUCCUCCAUCCAACAAAGUCAACUAUGCGCAACAAUUUCUUGAAGCCAUUCACCCAAGACUUGUGGUGGGCGAUUUUGUUGGUAGGGGCCGUCUAUUGGGUUCUAUUACUGCUCUCUCUAAUGUUGGAGCAACAUCAUGAAACAGGAAGACAAAAUAUCAACGCUGGUGCAGUUGAAACUGGUCUGACUACAGUAGCAGCCUUGUCACAACAAGGGCUAAGCGACAGCCCACAUUUUCCUUCUGGACGUAUCACAUUCCUUUCGCUGUUCUUAUGGGCUCUCCUUCUCUAUCAGUUCUACUCAGCAAGUAUUGUCAGUUCUUUGAUCACAGCGCCACCAAGAUGGAUCAAAAGCUUGAAAGACCUCACUGAGAGCGACCUGGAAGUGGGUGCCAUAGAUGUCUCAUUUUUUCGAGACUGGUUUAAGAUCACAAACAAUUCCGAUAUUAGGGACUUAUACAAUCGCAAAAUGAAUUCAUCAGUGAGUAAUUGGCCAAACGCCUUCAUGAGCGUACCCGCAGGUUUGAAGAAAGUUCAAGAGGGUGGAUACGCAUUUCUAACGGAAACUGCUUCUACCUAUCGGAUAAUGCGAGAAACGUACUCUGAAGAUGAGAUAUGUGCGGUUCAAGAAAUACGACCCCAACCACGUAAUAAAAUGUCACCAAUUCUACCGAAAAAUUCGCCAUUCAAGAAAAUGAUUACAUACGGAUUCACAAAGAUCAUACAAAGUGGAUUGCUCGCUCACGUGCAACACUAUUGGCGUGGCUCAGUUCCAGAGUGCCCUGAGAGCUACAGCUCAAUGCCAACUGCUAUGGGCAUGAAAGAAUUCAGUCCCGCAUUAUUCCUUUUGUGCAUUGGUGCUGGGAUCUCAAUUGUCACAUUACUCAUCGAAUACUUUCACUUCUAUCUGGAAGAUCAAAGGGACCGGGCAACGAGGCAUCUAGAAGAAUUGCCGCAAUAGACUGAUCAGAAUAAUUUUGCUGAAGAUUGUUAUCCCGAGACGGAGGAUGCUUUAGUUCACUGAAGCUAUGAGCUGGACCGAGCUCAUGAGCCUAGUAAAUUAAACCCAAAUUAUCUGUGCACAGUUUAUGUAUUGAGCAAUGUCAAAAAUUCAAUAGAAAAUGUAGCGAAUUCACUAGAAAAUUUUAUUGGAAUUCGAUAGGAAUUCUAUCGUGGUAAAAGGGACUCCGAGGCCGUAAAAAAAAAGAAUGCUUGGAUUCUAAUUUUCGCAUUCUGUAAUGCAAAACAAAACAAAAUCCAGCGGGAAAAACUUGGAGAA